UCUCUUUCCCUCCCUUUCACUGUCACUGCAGGUCCAGGGCUCUUCUCAGUGUCUUAGAGACAGAGCCACUCACAUGUGUCAUAUAGACGGGGUUGUGCUGGCAGACCUGCAUCCAAAGCUUCUUGAAUAAUAAGGACCUUUUUUACAUCUGUUGGGAGAAAACAAAAAACAGCGGAUACAUUCGAAGCGAAUGAGAUAAGAAUUUGGAGUUUCCUCCGUGUCAAAUUGAAACUGCAGAAUAUUAAAAACUUUUUCGCCUGCCUCGAACAAACAUAAGAAAAGAAGACGUUCGGGAAUUAACUUGAAAAGAAAGUGAUUUUUUUCUCAGUUUUGGUGCAUUUUCUUCAUCUGGACUCUGUCUCAGGACCCGUCCACUCUGAUCUCUCACUGGAUCUGACUCUGUCGCUGCAUCACAGGGUGAAAAGCGGAAACUUUCUCAUAAGGAAUUGUCGCUCAUGCAGGGAGGUUUUCAUUACAGUUUAAAUUGGAACAGGAAGACUAUUUUUGGCCGCAGGUCACACUGUGCUGCUCUAAUAACAACAUGGGGAUUGUAUUUUGGACGUUUUCUCUCCUGGCUCUUCCAGUGUUGCAGUCUGCCAAGAUCCUGACUAUCUGUCUAAUUGGAGGAAGCCACUACUUGUUAUUAGAUGAAAUUUCUCAUAACUUACACCAGCAUGGCCACGAGGUCCGAAUGCUCCUGCAACUGGGCAACCCUGUUAUCACAGGUUUCUCCUAUAAAGGCCGUGCAGACAGUUACCAGAUGAGCACAUGGUCCUUGGGUGACAAGUAUAUUAAAGAAUACAACGGCUGGUUCCUGGAGCAGCAAACACAGUUUCUACUGGGAAGGGAUAACUUUCAUAACUUUUUAAACUUCAUGGGGCACCUGUCGUAUCAGUGUGACAAGCUGUUAGGGGACAAAGAGAUGAUAUCGUUCCUCCAGGGGCAACAGUAUGACAUCAUCAUCCUUGAUGCUUUUAACCCCUGUUCCUUCAUCCUGGCUCACAGACUUGGUGUCAACUACAUAGCUUUCUAUCCCGGCACUCUGAACGGUCCCCUGUCCAUCGCUCUGCCCAGCCCCGUUUCCUACAUCCCAGUCUUCAGCUCCCGCCUGUCUGAUCGCAUGAACCUCUGGGGUCGUGCAAAGAACCUCUUUUAUUCUUUCCUGGCUCCAGUAGGCCAAGAACUUAUAUGGUCGAAAUUUAGAGAAGUAGCCGAUCGCCACCUUGAGUCGGGCUCACUCCCCGGGGGUCUGGAGGAGCUACACGAAGGAGCGGAACUCUGGGCCUUCAACACCGACUUCUCCUUGGAGUUCCCUCAGCCUCUCCUGCCUUACACUGUGCUGGUGGGGGGUUUGCUGAAUAAACCUGCGAAGCCUCCUGAACAGGAUCUUGAGCGGUGGAUCUCCAGUUUUGGAGAAGCAGGUUUCAUUGUCGUGACUCUGGGAUCAAUGGUCUCUUCGGUCUCUGUGGACACGCUACUUGUGGAGCUGGUGGCUGGCUUCUCCAUGAUCCCUCAGGGGGUUCUCUGGAGAUAUGACCCCAAGCGAUGGCCAUCUGACUUGGACAAACCUCCCAAUGUCAAACUAGUGGACUGGCUGCCUCUAAAUGACCUGCUGGGCCACAAAAAGGCACGUCUCUUUAUCACGCACGGUGGACAAAACAGUUUGCUCCAGGCGGUGUACCAUGCUGUUCCGGUGCUGGGAAUUCCUCUGUUUGGGGACCAGUUUGAUAAUGUGGUAAGAGCGGAAACAAAGGGACUUGGCCUGAGCAUCAGCCCCACACACAUCACCAGAGAACUGCUCAGCUCGGCUGUUCAAACCCUCAUACAGGACACCAGGUUCAAGUCUACAGCUUUGUCCCUAAGCAGGAUCCACAAAUCCCAUCCCGUCCCUCCGGCCCUUCGACUCAUCCAGUGGGUGGAUCACAUCCUGCACAGCGGAGGUGGUGCUCAUCUGCAGCCGACCUCACUAUCACAGCCGUGGUACCAGAGACACCUGUUGGAUGUGAUGCUUCUUCUGUCCCUAGCGCUCACUGGACCUGUAGUUCUCUGCUGGACUUUCUGUAGGAACAUGAUUAGCAGUGGUAAAUAUAAAAAGAUACAAUAGCAGCAGCAAGUAUUCCCUCACAGAGACUUCAGAUUCACACCUCAGUGAAGUCACCUGUUUGUCAUGGACUUACUUUUCUGUACUGUAUACUAGGAGUUGUUAAAAAUUCAUCCUAAAAUGCUGCAAAUGUUCAAUAAAUAAGCCAUGCUUGUUUCAACUGAUUUUACCUUUGAACACAUUCAAUAAAAAAAAGUCGUAGAAGUCA